AUGCAAAGUGAUGAAAAGGUUGGUUCAAACUUGUUUGAUAUAUUAUUGACAUUAAACACUCCACUCGAUCCUAAUAACUAUGAUGGAAGCGAAGCUCCAUUAACUGAUCAAGAAAUUUGUUCCACCAUUACGGAAGUCAGUGUAGGUGGUACAGAUACGACUGGAAAUAUAUUCUGCUACACAAUCUGGUUAUUAGCCAAACAUCCUAAAGUUCUUACACAUUUUCAAAAGGAAAUAAGUGAAAUUUUAGGUGAUAAUAUAUCACGAGAAAUAAUCUAUGAAGAUUUGGAAAAAUUUGCAUACCUUGACGCAAUUGUAAAAGAAUCCGCACGAAUAUUCACAUUUGUACCAUUAACACCACAUGUUUCAACACAAGAAAGUAUUAUUAGAGGAAAUCAUUUGGAAGCUAAUACAAAUUUCUUUGUUGGUCAUGAAAUAAUUCAUAAAUUACCUGAAUUUUGGGAAAACCCUGAUGAAUUCAUUCCAGAAAGAUUUUUAGAUAAUGAAAUUGCUAAGCAUUCUUUUAUACCUUUUGGAGGUGGUACGAGAAUUUGCCCAGGAAAGAAUAUGUCUAAUGUAGAAUUGAAAGCCUUGUUGAUUUUGUUGUUUAGAAUAUAUGAUGUUGAAUUGGUUGAUAAAGUAUCAGAAAAACCUAAUAUUAAAUAUUCAUUUUUUUAUCAGUGCCUUGAUAUGAAAGUUGUUGUACGUCCUAGAUGUUAA